ACAGUCUGGCCACAAAAUGCUUCCUCAUUCCCUGUGCAUUGAGAAAGAUCAUUUUCUCCUGCUUCUUCCUUGUCAGGGGAUAGAUGAGUCAGUUUCCGUUCAGUGGGAGUGGCGUGUUGCCCUUUGGCAGGCAGCCUUUGUACUCAUUGUUGCAAAAGCUGCACGAGAAAUACUCACAACAUCCGCCGAGAGAAAGGCAGAGCUCCUUUUGCUGGGUUCCCUCCACGGACCGUCUGGCUUGGCCGGCUGCAGAGGGUGAAGAUGCUGCGGCACUUACUUUCCGCGCUCCAGGAGGGCUUGUCUCUCCCCGUGGUUCUGGUGUUCCUGGCUACCUUCCUGCUCCUUGCCGACUACCUGAAAGGGAGGCGCCCGAGGGGGUUUCCUCCGGGUCCCGUGCGUCUCCCCUUCCUGGGGAAUCUUCUGCAUGUUAGUGCCAGGAAGUCUUUUUCUGAUAUAGAGAAGCUUAGAGAAAAAUAUGGCAACGUCCUCAGCCUGCAGCUUGCAAGCAUGCAGUUUGUGGUUGUGAGUGGGCUGCCGCUGGUGAAGGAAGUCCUUGUCCAUCAGGGUGAAAAUUUUGUAGAUCGUCCAGAAUUGCCUUUUACACGUGAAGUCUUUGGGUCAUAUGUUGAGUUCAUCUGCUACAGACGAGACUUGGAAGAGCAGCAAGAAGGAACGACAAAUGAUACCUGGUUACCUGAAGGAGCGCUUACAUCCAUAUAUGCCCGACCGCCCCUUGAGAUCUUACGAUGA